CAGAAACAUUUGCUCGCUUCAGGCAUUCACAUCAGAACCAGACAUCGCAAUCGCACACUGCCCACAACGCUCACCGAAGACUGCAAAAUGGCUCUCCGAUUCACACUCACUCUGCUGCUGGUGACCAUCCUGGCCGUGGCCAUUCUGCUGGGCUCCAGCGAGGCGGCCUACAGGAAGCCCCCGUUCAAUGGCAGCAUCUUUGGCAAGCGCAAUGGUUUGGACUAUGACAAUGCCAAGAUGAGUGCCGUGUGCGAGGUGGCCAUGGAGGCGUGUCCCAUGUGGUUUCCACAGAACGACAGCAAAUAGGACCACGCCCUCCGACUGCGCCUCCUAGAAGUGAUCUCAAGCCUACGAUUAAUGCAAUACCAGCAGCAGCAGCAGCAGGCAGGCAGAUGCUGUGGCUGCACCUGCAGCUGCAGCGGCGACUAAAUGGGGAAAACCGAAACAUUAUAGAAUCAUGUAAAAUGUUAUAUUAUAAGCCGUGCAUUCGCAUAAAACUUACGCAUUAUCAUAUAUAGAUACAUACAUAUAAUCAUUAAACAUACUGCAAAUGAA